GCAAAAGAGAAUUCUAAGUCUUCUAAACCUCAAACUUUCAGCACCUCUAUGAAUCAACAAUCGUCUUUUAUCUUUGGCACUUCUAACAACCCCCCUGUAGACCAGGAAAAUAAAAUGAUUGCUUUGAAGAGCAUAGACUUAUCGAAGGUCCCACUGUAUAUCCUGAAAGAAAUGCAAAAAGAAGUUGAGAUUUAUAAAGACCUAGCCGAUAUUCAAAGCAAGUAUAUUCUAAAACUGGUCUGUUAUGGAUAUUAUAGAGGAGGGAUAAGUUUUAUUAUAGGCAUAACUGUUGUCAGCACUUCAUUGAGUGAUCAUAAAAUAACAAAACAACGUAUGAUUCAUAAUUCUUGUCUUGAAUGUUUAGCUACCAAAAUCAAAGAAGAAAAGAUUGCUCAAGCAACCACUAAGAACAAAGCUUCACAGGAUGGACAUUACUACCCUUCGUGGGAUGUUACUUUCCCUUCGUGGGAUGUUACCUUCCCUUCGUGGGAUGUUACCGCUUCUUCUUUGCAGGAAGGCUUGAAGUGUUACCACAUUACCAUCUCGUUUUGCGAGAUGCGCAUACCUCCCGUUUCGGUUUCACCACCGGAAUAUAGGAAUUAUAAUUGUUGCGGAAAGCCGGAACGCUCCGUUAUGUGUAGUGGCGAUUUACAAGGAAUAACCGAGAAAGAACUUGAAACAUGA